GGUAUGCCGAUGGUAGAGCUAAGGACUCCUCCUCUUGCACUUGUCCUUCGAUUGCAAUUGGUCCGGCUGGUGGUUUCUUAUGCUAAUAAACUGUGACCCUCUCUGCACCUGACUCCCUGUAAUGAAGAAUGCAAGGCAGACAGGGUCGGAGUAUAAACUACUUAUUCAUCUUCCCAUCCUCUGUCCAGCUACAUUCUUGCGUUGCCUCAGAAGAAGCAACAGGAAUCUUAAAAGCAAUAACACUAGUAAAAUGCCAAAAUCUUUCCUGGUGAAGAAACACACGAGUUAUAGGAAGCCAAACUAUGGACGACUGGAGUCACAGAAAAAAGAAGAAGCUGUAUCAUCUUCAUAUCCUUUUGAAGGCUCGAUGAUCGCUCACAUUUCCCAACCCGAGUUCCCAACACCGGCCAUCUGUGCUGAGGCCCUGGAAGGGUGGGGCAGUAAACCCCUUGUCACCUCAGCUACCCCAGCCACAGGGUCAGGGGGAGGUGGUGUCAUCAAAAGCAUGCCAGUCAACACACGCCCACAGCACACAGACUCUUCCAGGGCUAACCUGGCACUCCUCACCUUUCAAACAACCACCUCUCCUCUCAGAGACUCCCUGAACAGCCUGACCUCCUUGGACGUCUCCAGGAGCAGAAUCGGUGGCGUAGCCUUUGAGGAGACAGGCUGCCUCCCAGCCCCUUUCCUCCUCAGGUCGGAGAGCUGGGGGCUGCUGCCUAGCGUUCAGGAGAAAUUUGAGUGUUUCGACUGUCACAAGGCCUACUAUACCUUCUCGGGGCUGGCCAAGCACAGGCAGCUGCAGUGCGAGUGGCAGUGCCGCAAGAAUUUCAACUGCAAGUACUGCCACAAGGAAUAUGUGAGCCUGGGGGCACUGAAGAUGCACAUCCGCACCCACACCCUGCCCUGCGUCUGCAAGCUCUGUGGCAAGGCCUUCUCCAGGCCCUGGCUGCUGCAGGGGCACAUCCGCACACACACAGGAGAGAAGCCCUUCUCUUGCACACACUGCAGCCGGGCUUUCGCAGACCGCUCGAACCUGCGGGCACACCUACAGACACACUCCGAUGUGAAGAAGUACCACUGCAAGAGCUGUGCCAAGACCUUCUCCAGGAUGUCACUGCUGUCCAAACACGAGGAGGCCGGCUGUCCUCCCCUCUCUCCUGAUACCCUGCCAGGACUCCCAAGAAGCACCUGAACACUGGUACAAACAUAUAAUCAGGGUGUGAGCAAACCAGUUUCCAUUUCAUCACAAAAUAUGAUUACUUUGGAACUCAAUAGGAAAUAAUCUUCAACUACAUUACCUAUUUUUGAAUUUCUGAAACCUGUUGCAAAAUGUUACCUUUCUGCUGAGUUUUUUUAGUCUUUUGUUCAGCGAUUAUCAGGCAAACAUGGCGGAGAAUACAAAAGAUCGUGGCGUGUAAAAAAAAAGAACUUGCUACAAACUGUAUUCUAGGCAUACUCUAAACAGAAACCCUGGCAGCAAUUUUAUUUUAUUUUAUUUUAUUUUAAAGAAAUGGUACAAAUCGAUUUCACAGCAUGAGGACAGUUGUAGGGCCUAUGACCUGUUUUCUGACUGGCAGCAUUACUUAAAAAAGAUAACAGCAAUGGUGCUAGAAGGAACAUUUGUGUAUUACUAUUCACUGUUACUUGUUUUGAUAUUUUUGUUAUAGCAGGGAAGUAUAAAGAGAUAGUAUUACAGUCCAUCCACAAGUUAAACAGUACAAUUAAUUCGUUUACAACAAGUGACUCAGAUCUUUAGCCAAAUGUCAUUUUGCUGAACAGUUUUGCAGGGCUGACAAAUGAACAUGUAAACAGAAACUUGAAUGUUUUUUUCAGUUGACACUGUUUGUACAUUUUUGAAAAAAUAAAAUAAAAAUAAAUAUUUACCAAAGCAAUGUUUGUUUACAACAACGUGACUUUUCAACUCUGCCUGCCCUACCUACUGCUCUGCAUAUAUUUAAACAGAGAGAGUAGGUGGGCCUGAUAGAGUUGAAAGGUCGUAUUGUCACAUGAUUGGAAUGGAAUUAAAGCUGUUCAGUCUCAGCACUCAGGAUUCUCCAGACGAAGGCAUAGUUACCCAGAACCACUCAGAAUGAC